GUUGACGACUCGGAAAUCUCUCUCUCUCUGUUCUGUCUCUCUCUCUCUCUCUGUUUUCUCUCUGUUCUGUCUCUCUGUUCUCUCUCUCUGCUCUCUCUGUUCUGCCUCUGCUCUCUCUCUCUCUCUGUUCUGCCUCUCUCUGCUCUCUCUGUUCUGUCUCUCUCUCUCUCUCUCUCUCUCUGUUCUGUCUCUCUGUUCUCUCUCUCUGCUCUGCUCUCUCUCUGUUCUGCCUCUGCUCUCUCUCUCUCUCUCUCCCUGCACGGUGUAUAGGAGUGUGUGUGGUUAAGUGGUUUUAACCCAACCCACUGCUGCUCAACCUUCAUUCACUCUCAGCACACACAGAGACACACACACACAGACAGACAGACACACACACACACAGACAGCGGUCAUGGCUUCUGAAGCGAUGGAGAUGAACGGAGCUGCCGACAGACACACAGGAGACGGAGAGGUUUUGAGACCGGGAUACUACAGAAGGAGGACGUCAUCCCCUCUCAACAUGAACAACUACGCGAAUAAGAAGAGCGCGGCGGAGAGCAUGCUGGACGUAGCGCUGCUGCUGGCGAACGCAUCUCAGCUGAAGGCCGUGUUGGAGGAGGGCCCAUCCUUCAGCUUCUACACACCUCUCAUCGCACUCAUCAGCAUCUCACUCAUCCUGCAGAUCAUCGUCGGAAUUUUGCUCAUCUUCAUCGUGAAAUGGAAUCUGAACGACGAGAGUAAACACUACCAGCUGAACACUCUGGAAAACAUCUCCACAGCCCUCGUCUUCAUCAUCGUUGUUGUGAAUGUCUUCAUCACGGCGUUCGGUGUGCAGAGACCCAAAACCGGCGCGUGAUCCACGGGGAGAUCGCACGCAUCAGGUCUGAGGCUGUGAGAAAACUUGAGCAUGACUGGAGUCCUGGGAAUGAUGGAGGAGGUUUUCACCAUCACCAGACCUGCUGACCUUCUCCACGACUGACUGUACGAGUGAGUGUGAGUGGACCAGCUCCGGCUGCAAGAGACAAACACACGGGAUCUUUUGCAUAUUUGUUGCAUGAGGACAACACGCCACACGGAAAAGCGAAACCUUCACUGCCUUGCUGUUACAUCGGUGGAUCUCUCAAGGAAAAACAGUCAGUCGCAGAUUGCUCUUCAGCCUGAUUUUGCAUGAGAAGAAAAUGUAAUACAAUUUCACUGCACAUAGUAUUUCUAUUUUACAUGCAUCACACCGUGGGUUUAUCAUGUGUUGCGUCAGGGAGCCAGUAAGAGGAAAGCGUUCAUCAGUCUGAUGAAGCGCUGAAGACAGAAGUCGAUGAAAGUGAAGGAACUGUCAGUGAAGCUGUAAUACAGCUGUGUUCAAGCGGCUUGUGUUUGAAAGCAGCUGUUUUCUCACCUGAAGGUGGCGAAGUGAACUGUAUUUACCGCUCACAUUUUAUUUGUUUUAGAAAUUAUAAGUGGAGUAUCUCAGAUUUACAGGAUGAAAAAAUGAAGCCAGUGACGUUUCCAUCCUGAACAAUUGACGAAUCAAAAUAAUGAAUCCUUAUUUCAUUCAAACUAAACGCUUCAAUGAAGAUGUGGUUCCUCCUCAGAGAACCCAGUCCCAUAAUUCUGUUCACCUGACGAGACUUUCGUACGAAUGUACAACAUGUUCAGUGAUGUCACUGUCGCUGAAUUCUCACCAGCAGGUCAGGGUUUGUUCAGAAUCGAAUUUUUUUUCCUCCUCAAAAAUAUUCUGACACUUCAACUUUAAGAACCCAUAAAUUCAUCUGAACAACAUGGAAAUGUUUCGAUUAACUUUCGAAUCUGUGUCACACGCAGUUGUAAAUUCAGUGAGUUUGCUUGAAGUCAAACAAAACCCAAAAAAUAAACGCCGUUUGCAGAUCAUGUGCCCUGAUGUGCCAUUCCACACUUUAAUUUAAAAAUAAAACUUUAGAACAGCAAUUUUUCCAUUUUAAAAGUUAUGAUAUUGUUAAAAAAAUAGGUUGAUCUGGAUGGAGUCAUCUACACUGAAACCGGAUUUCCACUUGUGAUGUUACCGGCUCACGAGAACGCCGUUUACCUUCAUUACACAGAGCUGUCAAAUAAAGGCUUCUGAUUUAAAAAAAAAUCCCCAGGCGCCACUACGCUCUCUCUCUCUCUGUCUGUGUGUGUGUAUAUGUGUGUGUGUGAGCUUAUUGCUUCAGAGGGGUUAAGCCUAGGUCACAACUGGACGUACGAUUUUUUUGGCCGUGCGAUUUUUGGCGUUUCCCAAAUCGCUGCGUUUUUUUUGUUCGUGGAGAAAGACGCACGUUGGCCGUAAGUUUGUCUUGUAACCUGAAAAAAACGUAAGCGCCCGUAGAGUUUGUUUGACAUGACAAAGAACCUCUGCGGCCGGUCUGCGGCCAGUCUACGGCUCAAAAAUCAGCAUGUCACACGCGCGCCCUCCGUUCGUUUCACGUGCGCCCUCCGUGUGUUUCUUGUGUUUUUUGCAUGUAGACCAGCCGUAGGAGCACGUACGGCCGGUUGUGACCUAGGCUUUAAAUAUAAAAAAUGUCCCUGUGCUGUAAUGUCUAUGUGACAAAUAAAAGCUUCGAAUUCUAAAAAUCUAAUCAGCAGUUUUCUGUAACGGUGUGAUUUUUACUAGCAACAAAAUCCGCGAAUCAACCAACUUCACUUUUAUCUUUGCAAGUUUAAAUCUCUCUCGGCAAGAUAACGCUUAUGCGGUACUGACACAGAUACUUGGAAACGAUGACCGUUGUCAUAGCAACGUGAUGCUUGCUGCCUAAAAAGAUCACUUUUCUCAAUGAAUAAAAACAAACAAACAAACAAAACCAUAUCUCAUAAAAAUACAAGGAAAAAUUUGGAGCAUUUAUAGGCAGCAAAAGGCUCCCAAAGGCUGGGUGUGUGUCUGCUCACUGUUUACAUGUGUGUGUGUGUGAGAGAGAGACAGAGAGAGAGACAGAGAGAAAUUUCACUACUUCAGUGAUCAGGAUUAUUUUAAAGCCGCCAGUGUUUGACACUCGGCAUCUUUAUGGUUGUUUACAACAAUUUAGAAGCGAUGUAUCCACUAGAUCUCAGCCUCAGUCAGCCACGUGGUGUUGAAGUGAUGCCACAAUCUCGGAUUUUCUCGUGCAGUUUGUACUCCGAAUGUGAGUUUUGAACCUCAGCGUGAGUAAGAUAUCAGCGCCCAGGGACAUUUUAUUUGAAAAGAACAACAAUCUGUAUACAGGUACAAAUAUGAACAAGCGAACACUCGACCAUGUCCUGUAUGGAUUUUAUCUGUCAGUAUAAAGGAGUUUACUUUUUGGGUUUUGUUUGAUUUUAAAGACGUCUAAAACCUCGAUUACUUUAAUCCAGUUGCUGGAACGUUACGUGUUGGAGCAAAACACACACAAGCCGAAUGAAUUCAGAUUGUAAUCACAAACUGACGGAGUGCGCUGGAGUCAGGGUGAAAUCUGGAAAAGUUAUUUUCUCCCUUUUCACUUGUGGAGCGAACCCCACUUUAAAAUCCUGCCACUGUACUGGGGAUUGUUGUUGACUUUUUCACCAUGUGAAGGUUUUCGCAGGCCGUCACACACAUAACCACAUUUCUGCUCUAUUCAUUUUGUAAUAAUAAGUUUUGUUCCUGUCUGUUUAUCCAAUCCAGUGUGUGUGUGUUUGACUGAAGAGACCCUGUGUACUCGUAGGUGGUUUCUUCAUGACUUUGCUUUUCAAAAUCAAAGCUAAACUGAGUUCAAGAGUCCAAAACCCUUUCAGUAUUAACAUAAUUUGAACAAAAAAAAUCUAAUUUAUAAAACCGUACCGAAUCUAAUCCACACUUUCAGGGCGUGUCUGGUGUCCGAUGUUUGUUUGUACUACUUCUUUGUUUUGUGCAUUUUUUUUUUCUUAUUUUUUACUGAAGUGCCCCGAUCAGUGUGGGACCGAUCCGAUCUGCAGAAACACCGUGCAAUAAACAAAUCAACAUCAGACACCAAACAUGCCUCGUCCAAUCAACACGUGAGCACGCUGGAUGACCGUAUGGCUUUAUUUACAAAUUGUUUGUCACUGAUGCCAUCAGUUUCCUAAACUGCUUCCUGUUUAGAGAUAGCGACGUGAUCGUGUUGCUCGGCUGAACGGAGACUGAAGCUGGAGAGUCGGAUUGUGCUCAGGAGCUCCAUCACAUCACCAACACACCAAAAUAUAUCUGCUGCCUUCAUUUCAGCUCUAUACAGCAAUGCCUGGGUGAUCAAUGAUUUUUAUUUUUUUUAAAAAUAAAUAAAUCGAUCAUGUGUGUGUGAGAUGUUAGCACUGUAUCUUCUUUUAAGGAAUGCUCUUUUUUAUUAAAACAAGACAAAAACAGAGAAGAAUAAAGAUGAUGAAGCACUA